AUGCUCAGAAAAAUCCUCAAGCCGAACGCAGCAAAAGCACUGCGAGAUUCGGACAUGACCCAAGAAACAUUCCAAGCUCCGCGGGCCAUGAGUUCGCUGAGAAGCAUUGCGAGACACCCCAGCAUCUGCCUGAUCGAUUCCUCCACCACCCUCCGAGAGCUCCUGCAAAUCCACGCCCACCUCCUCCUCAACGGCCUCCUUAACGAGCCCCAGUUCUUGGGCCAAUUCGUGGCCGCCGUCGCCCUCAGGAACCCCGAGAACCUCGAGCACUCCAGCCGGGUCCUCGACCGAUGCGAGAACCCGACCCUGUUCAGCUUGAAUUCCAUGAUCAGGGUCCACUCCAAGAGCCCGACCCCGCAGAAGAGCUUCCGCUACUACAACAGGAUCCGGCAUUGCGGCUUGUCGCCGGACAAUUACACUUUCAAUUUCUUGGUCUGCGCGUGCGCGCAGCUUCCGGCGUGCGGCGUGGGGGAAUCGGUGCACGGUGCUCUGGUGAGACAUGGGUUCGAGGGCGACCCGCAUGUUCAGAGUGGGUUGAUUAAUAUGUACGCGGAGAUGGGUAGUUUGGAAUCGUGUCGUAGGGUGUUUGGAGGGAUUCUUGAUCGUGACGUGGUGUGUCAGACGGCAAUGCUGAGCGCUUCCGCCAAGUAUGGUGAUGUCGUGUUCGCUAAGCAGCUGUUUGACGAAAUGCCCGAGAGAGAUACUGUUGCUUGGAAUGCGAUGAUUGCAGGGUAUGCCCAGUGUGGGGAAUCGAGGGAGGCCUUGAAUUUGUUCCAUGAGAUGCAACUGGAAGGUGUGAAGGUCAAUGAGCCUUCUAUGGUUCCGGUUCUAUCUGCGUGCACUCAAUUAGGUGCACUGGAUCAAGGGAGGUGGGCUCAUGCAUAUAUUGAAAAGAGCAGGCUUCGGAUAACGUUGACAUUAGGAACUGCAUUGAUUGAUAUGUAUGCCAAAUGCGGUGACAUGGAUAAGGCCAUGGAGGUCUUCUGGGGGGUGACAGAAAGGAACGUUUACACAUGGAGUUCUGCCAUGAAUGGACUGGCCAUGAAUGGAGCUGGCACGGAAUGUCUCGAGCUUUUCUCGCUCAUGAAGAAAGACGGGGUUCUCCCGAAUGAAGUUACGUUUGUGUCGGUAUUGAGAGGCUGCAGUGUAGUUGGACUAGUCGAGGAAGGCUGUAAGCAUUUUGCCUCAAUGACCAAGUUGUAUGGAAUCCAGCCUGAACUGGAGCAUUAUGGCUGCAUGGUUGAUUUGUAUGGCCGAGCUGGCCGUUUAAAUGAAGCGUUAAAUUUCAUCAAUGACAUGCCGGUGGAGCCUCAUGCCGGCGCUUGGGGAGCUUUACUAAAUGCAUGUAAAAUUCACAAGAAUAUGGAAAUAGGUGAGCUUGCCUCAAGAAAGAUGGUGGAGCUUGAAGCAAAGAGUCACGGUGCCUACGUGCUUUUGUCCAAUAUCUAUGCUGAUAACAAAAGCUGGGAAGAUGUAAGCCAUGUGCGGCAGGUAAUGAAGUCCAGAGGCGUGAAGAAGCUUCCGGGCUGCAGUGUUGUAGAAGUUGAUGGUGAAGUUCAUGAGUUCUUUGUUGGAGAUAACCCCCACCAAAUGUAUAACGAAAUUAAAGUGAUGUUGGGUGAGAUCUUCAGGAGGCUGAGAUUAUCAGGGUACAUGGCCAACACGAACCCCGUUUUGUUCGAUAUAGAAGAAGAAGAGAAAGAGAAUGCUCUGGCUCUACACAGUGAGAAGAUUGCCACUGCAUUUGGUUUGAUCAGAUUGAAGAAAGACGUUCCUAUAAGAAUUGUUAAAAACCUUAGGAUCUGUUGGGAUUGUCAUGAUUUUAUGAAAAUUGUUUCUCGAACUUUUGAUAGGGAAAUUGUUGUGAGGGACAAUAAUAGGUUUCACCAUUUCAAAGGUGGUGGGUGCUCUUGCAGGGAUUAUUGGUGACAAUAUACAGUUCAGUUGUGCAAUUAUUAUUGACAGUGUAUCUUCUCAUGCAUUGUUUAUCCAUGAAUCCAAAGCCAAACGUCGAGAGCUUUUUACUGACAAAUCAUGAACCCAUAUCAGUCUGUUCUAUUUUCACAUAUCCUGCCACAUGAAUUUGCAAACAAAAGACUAUUCUUUUGUCCUUGACCUCAGGGGCUAUUGACCCAGUAAAUCAGGUGAAGGCUGCCGAUUGAGUUUCACUUUGAAAGCCAAUGGCUACAUUGAGCAAUUCUAGUCUUGUAGAUUAUGAAGCAGAGAACAAGAACAAUAUGAUCAGGGAGUCAACAAAAACCACAUGGAUGAACCCUGAUAACCGCUGUUCAAUGUCCAAUACCAAAGCUUAGCAAGAAUGAAUUUAAUUUCUGCAGUGUAAUUGGUGUGUUUUACGCAACCUUGACGCCGACAUCUCCAACAGUGGGAAGGGGAAAAUGGACAAGCUUUUGGCUUGACGCUUUGGUGCAUGUAUAUGCCUCUCAUAGAUCGUUUCCUGGACCUUUUAUUAUUUCUAGGAGCAAGGAGGCCCUUGUGUUUGAAUGUUAUUGGUCCAUUGAUGGGAGAAUCACUAG